UAUGCUGUGUACGUCGUCUCUGACCUGCAGCAGUUCGCUCCCUCUAGUGGCAAAGUGACGGAUGAUGUGCGACCCUGGAAGCGCAGCCACAGCUUUGGAUUCCUGCCUCCUCACAUGUCAGAGCUGAGGGUCGUCCUGCUGGGGAACAGCUGGUCUGGGAGGAGCUCACUGGGGAACUUCAUACUGGGAGAGACUGGGUUCAGCACUGAGGAAGAACCAGUCUGCUGUCAGAGAGUCAGAGGACGGGUGGAGGAGAAAGGAAUAGUUCUCAUCAACACCCCAGAUCUGCUGCGUCCUGGUGUUUCCCAGUACAAACUUAAAAAACAUGUAGAUGACUGUGUGAGACACUCUGAUCCUGGACCUCAUGUGUUCCUGCUGGUCCUACAGCCUGAAGACUUCACUGAGCAACACAAAGAGAAACUGUGUGCCGUUCUUCAGCUCUUCACUGAUCGAUCAUUUAAUCACUCACUGGUUCUGCUGUGUCCACCCAGAGAGCAGAGGUCAGGUGAAAACUACAAGAACCACCCUCCACUAAAAGAAAUGAUCAGACUGUGUAGAUACAGACACAUGAAGCUGGAGGAGCUCGAACGUCCAGAGCUGUUAACACGACUGGGUCAAACUGCAAAGGAGAACAGAGGAGAGCAUCUGAGCUGUGGCCUUUUUCAGGACGAGGAUCCAGGUUUAACCAUGAGACCGAAGCCAGCUUUAAACCUGGUUGUGUGUGGGAGGAGAGGAGCAGGGAAGACCUCAGCAGCCAAGACCAUUCUAGGUCAGACAGAGCUUCACUCAGUCUCCAACUCCCCACAGUGUGUUAAACAUCAGGCAGAGGUGUGUGGACGUCAGGUUUCCCUGGUGGAGCUGCCUGCCUUGUAUGGAAAACCUCCGGAGGCCGUGAUGGAGGAAUCACUCAGGUGUAUCUCCCUCUGUGGUCCUGAGGGCGUCCAUGCCUUCAUCCUGGUCCUACCUGUGGCUCCCCUCACUGAUGAAGACAAGGGAGAAUUAGAGAGCAUCUGGGACACAUUCAGCUCUCGAGUCAAGGACUUCACCGUGAUCCUGUUCACUGUGGAGUCAGAUCCUACAGCUCCAGCUGUUGUUAACUUUGUCAGAAAGAGCAGAGACAUCCAGGAGCUCAGUCAGAGCUGUGGAGGAAGAUGUGUUGUUCUCAGCAUCAAGGACGGGCAUCAGGUCUCUGAGCUGCUCCACACUGUGGACACGAUGACACUGUCCAAGGACAAACCAUGCUGCUACACAGCAGAGACAUUUGCACAGGCCCAGAUGGACAAAGUCAUACAACAAGAGACAUGCAUCACCAGGCAGCAGGCUCAAAUUGAGGAGCUGAAAAAUACCACAAACGUGCAACUACUUAAAAUAAGUCAUGCUAAUACUAAUGUUGCAGGUGAAGAAGAGAAUCAGAACCCAGAGUGUCUGAGGAUUGUGCUGAUUGGGAAAACUGGGAAUGGAAAGAGCUCUACAGGAAACACCAUUCUGGUAAAAAAGAAGUUUAAAGCCAAAUUAAGUCAAAAAUCAGUCACCAGACAUUGCCAGAAAGCAGAGGGAGAAGUGGACGGUCAUUGUGUUGCUGUGGUCGACACUCCUGGUCUGUUUGACACUAGUUUGUCACCUGAAGAGGUGAAUGAGGAGCUGGUGAAAUGCAUCAGUCUUCUGGCUCCAGGACCACAUGUCUUCCUGUUGGUGUUACAGAUUGGACGACUCACAGCAGAGGAGAAGGAGACGUUAAAACUUAUCAAGGAGGGCUUUGGGAAAGGUUCAGAAAAGUUCACCAUCGUUCUUUUUACAAGAGGAGACGACCUGGAACGUGACAAACUGUCCAUCAAAAAUUAUAUUAAAAAGGAAUGUGAUGAUACCUUGAAGAAGCUGAUCUCUGACUGUGGACGAAGAUACCAUGUGUUUAAUAACAAUGAUAAACAAAACCAUACACAGGUCAGUGAGCUGAUUAAAAAGGUCGACUCCACGGUGAAGGAGAAAGGAGGCAGCUGCUACACCAACGAGAUGCUACAGGAGGCUGAAGCAGUGAUAAAGAAGGAGGUGGAGAGGAUCCUGAAGGAGAAGGAGGAGCAGAGAAAUAAAGAACAGGAACUCAAAGAAUUAGAAGAAAUGGAGAAUCUGAAAAAGACAUAUGAGGACGAGGCCAGAACCAAAGCUGCAGAGUUCAAUGACUUCAAAGAGAAAGUGAGAAGCGAACUUGCUGCUCAGAAGGAAGAGCAGGAGAAACAAAUGGAAGACAAAGAUGAGAAGUAUGACCUGUUGAAGGCGCUCAAUGCCCAUCAGGAAAUGCAAAGGAGAGAGAAACAUCAAAGAGAAAUCACCGACUUAGUGAAGUGUGUGACCAGAAAAGGUCAAAAUAUCCAAAAAAUUAAGGACAUCAAACAAACAUUGCCGCCAAAUGGCGGGUAA